AUGGCAGAUGAGAAAGUGCUUGCUCGUGUGCACGACAAGCGCCAGCGAACCUUGAAAGCGAUUGCGAACCUGUGGUCCUUGGUUCUGGACAUUUUUCUUGCUGCUCUAUUUGUUGCCCAGCUAUGGUCAACCUCGGUCAAGACUUUGCCAUUAUUCGUUGGUGUGGCCGGUGGCAACGUGAUGCUACACAGGCUCUGCCGUCCUGACCUGAAGCUGACCCCGGAACGCUUGACCCGUGACACAACGAUUAUGACGCUUCUUGUGUUUGUUUCCAGCAUCGGGCUGCCGCGAGAGUUCCUUCCGUCACUCACCAUGGCGCGUGUGAUGGUGAGCAGUUUUGCUACCGAUGCCCCACUUUCGAACAAGGUGAAUCUCGCCUUGACUCCACUCUACAUACUCUCACACUGGUGUCAAAACUGGACGGCGACUUCUGCCGACCAGCUUCUCUUCACCAUCUGCAGUGAGGGCAUCAUCUUGUCCUUCUUGUCACUGGCAAUUACGAACUUAGACGUCAAGGAGUACCAGUUGGCGGCUGCUGCCAUCGAGCUGGAGGAGAAAGUCCAGCAGGUGCAGGAGGCAGAGCGAACUGGAGGGGCUGCACAGCGCCUCCUCAGCGUGACUUGCGAUGCCUUCGUGAGGCUGGCGCCGGAUCUUUCGAUUUUCGAGCCUUCCCGGAGCUUGUCCGAUCUGCUGAUGUGUGGAUUCGGUUCGAGCAUUGCUUCGAACCCGCUGGAUGGCGUCCCGAUCAUUCGGUACAUCAAUGAAGCGGACCAUCAGCGAUUCACGGACUUUAUCAAGGAAUCGUCCAAUGAAACGAACCCUGCCAGAUCUUUGCAUGUCGGGAUGAAGGACUCUGGGGGUGUCGUCUUCAAUGUCGAGCUGUUCCACGUCACGGUUCCUGGUCUCAGGACUGAGGAACACACGCACCUGAUCGGAAUCACGCAGGAGUCAUGCACAGACAGGCUUGAGCGCUGCGAGGCCUCCGAAUUCGAUCGCGGCCUGGAAAGGCUGGAUACGACAUCCAUUCCCUGGCAGGCCGGUCUGGACGAUAUGCGACACAUCCUUGGGUACAAACUCCAGAAUGGGUGCAGGAGCCUUCCAAGCAGACAGUCCCGGUCUUCGGGGAGCCACAGCAGUGGUCGCACAGACAAUCUGACCCAGCUGCGAAACCUGGAGAAAGUCAGCAUCGUCGUUGAUGUAGAGACGCUGACCCAAGACUUCCUAAUUCGUUCGAUGAAGAUGACUUUUGCAAAACCCAACCCGGAAGCCACGGGUGUGCCGAAUCUGCUGGAGUGGAUCAAGCCGUCCUACAGGUCCAAUAUCUUCAACUACAUUCAGGAUCAUGCCAAUGCCCGCUACGGCGGGCGCGAGUGCGCAGAGCGACCACUUCGGGGAAUCAAGAUGUAUUCGCCGAUGGCAUCUGCCAAAACUGUUCUAGUGGGUGAGGUGCGGAUGGAAAGCUUCCUGGAGUCCAGCGACCAGCUAAAGUCCCCUGAAGAAGACAUGGAUGUCCUAGCAUAUCAUUCGCCACCCCCGGUUCCUGUCAUGCUGGGGGGGUACAAGCUCUUUGCCACUGCGAUUUGGGUCCCACCCCUCUUCGCGUUCGCCGGCUUCCUCAUCAGCAGCCUCUACUGGGUGUUUGACAACCUGCUGGCUGUUCAGCCAGAGGAUCGGUCACCGUCGUUGGUGCAAACCCUGGCUGCUGUUGCAUGCUUUACCGCCAACUACUGGGCCAGCGGCUUCAUGUCAUCAAGCGGGCUGGGAGCAGGUCUGAUCUCCUUCGUUCUUGCCCUUUGGGCUAUUGCCGCCUGGCGCGCCUUCGACGGCACGACCACCGGUCUCGUGGUCGCCGUGAUGACCGCUGUUGGCGGAACUCUCAUUGAGGUGUUUCUCAUCAACGCGCCGUGGUGGGACCUCUACGCUUACUCGAAGGCCGAUUUCUGGGGCGUGGACAGCUGGAUUCCAUGGGUGUACUUCUGUGGCGCUCCGGCCGUGGGCAGCCUUUCCAGACGUAUCCGAAAUAGCGUAGCGCCGUAG